UUAGUUUUACUACGGUUAGCUUGACGUACUCUCCAGCCCUAUCAAACUUCACACACAGGGAUCUUACCUCGGUCUGUUUGCUACUGUAAGAGAUGGAGCGAAAAGUUGCUCGGGAAUUUCGGCACAAGGUGGAGCUGCUGAUUGAAAAUGAAGCAGAGAACGAUUACUUGUAUGAUGUCCUCCGCAUGUAUCACCAGUCGAUGGAUCUGACAGUGUUGGUGGGGGACCUGAAGCUGGUCAUCAAUGAGCCCAAGCGCUUGCCAUUGUUUGACGCCAUCCGGCCACUCAUCCCACUCAAACACCAGGUGGAGUACGACCUGCUCACCCCAAAGAGGUCACGGAAGCUGAAAGAGGUGCGAUUGGACCGGACACAUCGUGAUGGAUUGGGUCUGAGUGUCCGAGGGGGGCUGGAGUUUGGCAGUGGUCUUUAUAUAUCACAGAUUGUCAAAGAUGGUCAGGCUGGGAAUGUCGGCCUUCAGGUGGGAGAUGAGAUUGUGCGCAUCAAUGGAUACUCCAUCUCCUCCUGUAUCCACGAGGAGGUCAUCAGUCUCAUCAAGACCAAGAAGAUUGUGUCACUCAAAGUCAGGCAUGUCGGGAUGAUCCCUGUAAAAAGGUCAUCAGAGGAACCCCUCAAGUGGCAGUUUGUCGACCAGUUUGCAUCUGAGUCAGGGGAGAAAAAAAACAGCAUUGCAGGCUUAGCGUCCAUUGGAGGCAAAGAAAUCAAGGAGAAGAAAGUCUUCCUCAGCCUCGUGGGUACCAAGGGGGUGGGUAUUAGCAUCUCUACUGGCCCGACCCAGAAACCUGGUAUCUACAUCAGUAAUGUCAAGCCGGGUUCCCUUUCGGCAGAAGUUGGACUGGAGGUUGGAGACCAGAUUGUGGAAGUGAACGGGGUGGAUUUCACAAAUUCGGACCACAAGGAGGCUGUGAGAGUUCUGAAGAGCAGCCGCAGUCUGACCAUUACUGUUCUGACAGGAGCUGGCAGGGAGCUUUUCAUGACAGAUGAGGAGCGUCUUGCAGAGGAGUCCCGCAGGGAGGUGGACAGACAGGAGCUCAUGCACCAGAAGAGAGUGGCACUGGAGACUAACAAAAUCAUUAAAGAGCAGCAGGAGAAGGAGAGGCAGAGAAAGAUGGAGAUAAAUCAGAAAGCCGCAGAGGAAGAGGAUCGCUAUAAAAAAGAGAUGGAGAAUAUUGAGGAUGUGGAGAAGAAGCACAACAGAGAGUGGGAUGAGGACUGGGGAGCCAAAGACAGGCCAAAGAGCCCGAAGAGCCCCCGCACUCCAAAGACAUUCGGCUGGUUUUAUCGGUAUGAGGGAAAACUGCCAUCACUCCGCAAGAAAGGAGAAAAGAAGAAGAAAAAGAAAAAGGUGUCCAACAUGGACACGCUGCAGGAGCUGAGAAAGAACAAGAAGGAGAUGGAGUUUGAGCUCAAACUGGCCAAGGAGAAGGAAGAGAUGCAUGAACGAGAGAAGCAGCUGAAGAUCAAUCGGCUGGUUCAGGAGGUCUCAGAGACAGAGAGAGAAGACCUGGAGGAGUCAGCGAAAGUGCAGCACUGGGUGGAGCGUCUUUGCCAGACUCGGUUGGAGCAGAUAUCCUGCGUGGAGAAUGAAUCCCCAGAGCUCUCCCCGCCGCGCUCUCCUGCCGCAGCGCCCAAAGUGAAGCGCUUCCCCGGCGGCCUCCACCUGGCCACCACUGAUCUGGAUGACAUUAACCUGGAUGAUGUGGAUCAGAGCCUGAGGGGUCCUCUGAAAAGACUGGCCCCCACCCAGCCCAGCACCAGCUAUCCUCCCCCUCCCCUGCCUCUCCCUCCACCCUUACCCAAGCUGAACCCCACAAUACCCAACUACUCCCCUCCGUCCUCUCGAGCAUCCCCACAGCGGCGCCCUCCCUCUCCACCCAGCGCUAGAAAACCUCCCACUGCCCCGUCUACCUUGCCCAACAAGGGGCGCAGGCCUCACCCACAAACUCACCCUUUGCCUCCCCAACACCAUCGCCCGCCUUCCUCCCACUAUCCCCCCCCGUCUCAGUCGUCGAGGCCUCCAUCCUCCCCACAGCCGGCUCCACGGCCUCACCCGCCGCCGCCCCCUCCUCCACCACCACCUCCGCCUCCCCCUCCACCGCCACCACCACAACACUCAGGCGAUAGAGUGGGAACCCUCAGCGGGUACCGGCAGCAUCAACAUCAACAUCAACACCAUCAACACCCCCCAAGUCCUCCAGGGCAAAGGAGUGAGUGGGAAUCAGGUGGCUAUCUCCCAAGGGGAGGGAUGUACUCGUCCAACACCAGUGAAAUGUCCUACCCCUCCAGUCCAAAGCAACUAGCUCCUAGUCCCCCCAACCAGAGGCGUCAGAUGGCCCCUGUCAUGUCCAAACCCGUCAUGCUGCCGCAUUCCCAGACCCAGAGAGCAGAUCCACUCAGACCUGCGCUCCGUUCUGAUGUGUUGCCUCAGGAAAUGCUGAAACGGAUGGUGCCUUUCAACUCGUCUUUUAAAUCCAACAACAAACGACAAGGAUUUCAGAAAUACGAGGAAGAUUUUGAUCCUUACUCAAUGUUCUCCCAGGAUCAGAUAGACGGGCGAGAUGUGAGACGGCUAAGAAUCAAAAAGACCGGACAUCUUGACAUUGCUCUGGAGGGAGGUGCAGACUCUCCUUUGGGAAAGUUAGUGAUAUCCGCUGUGUAUGAAAGUGGCGCUGCUGACAAGCAUGGUGGCAUAGUGCCCGGGGAUGAACUGAUGGCUGUGAAUGGGAAGAUCCUGCUUGACGCGUCAUUGACCGAGGGACAAAACGCUUUGGCACGAGCCUGGAAUAGUGGAGGGGACUGGAUCGAUGUUGUGAUCACCGUUUCCCCUCCAAAAGAUUAUGAAGAUGAAGUGACGUUCUUCUAGUCUCAUCAACAGCCUGCCAAGAAAAUCAACAAUCAUUAAGAAGAUUUUCAUUGUUAAGCAGAAAAUGGUCCUUUGUUUUUACUCAACGUUAUUAUAGGCUCUUAUAAAGCCUUGUCAUGUAAUCAAGAUAUUGACACCAUAGGGUUAGUAAGCACUCUCACUGUCCUGUUUUGUUAAAGGAUGAUCCAGUCAAUAAUCAGUCGUCUUCAGCCUGUACAUGGUUGACCUCUUUUUAGAUCUGCAUCGCCAUGUUGAACAUUCUUUUCAGACAUGUGACUCAUCCGUCAGUAUGAAAGGACAAGUUAAAUUUGGCACACUGUAAUCUUUUCAAACCUCAAUAAAAGACUGCUCAUGAUCACAGAAUUGA